CGCUGCUCUGCCGCACCAUUAUAUUCAAGGUGGACUACGUGAUUAGGCCAUCGUCCCUCCAGAAUUCAGGAUGUGAACCCUCCAUUAUAGCUAACAGAGGGAUAGAAUCGAUGCUUCGAAGUCUAUAUCACGGUCCAAAUUCACCUCCAGAUGGCACUCAUAUUUUUGUAGACUAUCUUGACGAUCCACAAGUCCACAUUCCCCGCUUCUGGAUUCCUUUACAUAUCACACGGCUGAUCAUUGUAUACCACUACCGAUGUUGGGUGCCUAUCAACUUCCGAACCGAGUUCCCCUUUCAUUGUCAAUGUGUCCGACCCAUCGUUGCCCGGCGAGUCAGCAAGCUCUGCAUCAUGGGAUCCACGGCCCCGAUAGUGCAGCGACUAAUAACCCCUCUCAUCGAAUGGAAGUUCCUCGCUUCCCUGAUUACAGAUAUACAACUCGAUAUUCCGGUUCCCUCCUUCACAUGGACAAUGUAUGAUUAUCCAGCGCAGGACACAGGGUCGGAUUUCUUGUCUCGUGUGGUGUUUGGCGAACGGGAGUCCUUGUCGUCUUUGAUUGGAAAGCCAUAUUCUUAUUCGCAUGGCCAUGCGCGGUAUAUUCCCAUGUUUGAACAAGUCAUUCCUCUGGGAUCUAUGGGAUAUAUCGAUCCAUUCACCAAAAAGUUUGUCGUAUUAAUUCAUAGCAUACCUUCUAUCCUCAAAAAGGGUGAGACCAGAAUAAUUACUGACUCAAAAUAUUCUCCUUCCCUGGCGUGGGAUCAUGAAUAUAUAAACAAGUCUGACGUCCUUCGGACGCUUGGAGUUUGGAUCAAGGGAAGAUCGUUCGUACCUUCUUAUCGUGAAUAUCUACUUGUACUUGACGGAAAACAGAGUAUAUUGCAUUCUGGCAUACAAUAUAAAAGAUAAGCUCUAUCUUGGGCUCGGGUAUGCUAUUUCCAAGGAACUUCGUAGGAAACCAAUUCGAGAAUUGGUUGUACGAGCACCGACACACGAUUAUGGAUGUGUUUGGAGACCGCCAUCCUUACAUCCGAAAGCACCUGGAGCUCGUUACAACCACGAUAAACUCUUCGCAAUAUGCCUGGUUCGUCCUUCUGAAACGCAUAGGUUAUAUCGAGCCUCUUGCCACUUUCUACUUUCAAGUUAACCCUCAGGCUUCGCGUAACCCUGGAAAGCCCUUGGGGGGCGAUCAAACCUUUUAGGGAUCAUACCGAUCCC